ACCGGAGCCGAACUGGCCACCUUGAAGGCUCACAAGAGGGCGCUACUGACGUUGGUCGUGCGGGACUUUGAAGGUCGCCGGUUGGCGCACGGUGGCCUAACCGUCCAGACGGACCUUCGCUAUCGGGAUGAUGAGGAGCUCGCGGUGGUCAUGACGCUGACGGACAAUCGGGAUGGUUCGUACGGACUCACCUUCGUACCGCCACGUCCCGGUGUCAUGCAUUUGGUCAUCUCUGUGGAUGGGAAAACGAUUGAGGAAUGUCCGAUAGUGCUGCGGAUUCACAAGCUACGACCUCACUAUGGAGUGUACCAUUGCUGUGCGUUCUGCUCGAGUAGUGGUUCAAGGGCGAGCACUUGCGCUUGCGGCAGUAUCAUGCCCGGUGGCUACCGGGGCUGUGGUCACGGUCAUGACGGACAUCCUGGUCAACGGCACUGGUCCUGCUGUGGUAGCGUGCUGGAGCAUUCCGACUGCACUGCACCGGCUGGCAGAACUAAACCACAUUCGUAGAAAGGAACUAGGGAUUCUUCGAGCCUAUCGCAGCGCCAUCUGGUAGCAACGAGCUCGAGGCUAUACCGAAUGCCGAAUACCGAACGCGUUCCUCGGUUCCUGUUCGUUGUGAGCAGGCGCAGUUUUGGUCGGAGGGGGUAUAUAUUGGAAAACACCCUAAAAAAGCUCCCGCAAUUUCCACGACACGCGUGCCAGUCGAGUGAAGAUAUCGGUUGGCGAUGGAUGAUGUUCCGAUGUCCCGAUUGAGUGCCAGGCAUAACCAGAGCCAAGUGGUCGCCUAGGAAUGAAUAUGCUAUGCGAACUGCGAUCCCAACCAUUUUCCCUUGGUUUGGAAGGGAACUAUUGUCCCAGGAAAUCACAAUCGGUUCCUGUAUAAUACCAUACUGUAAACUAUUCGAGUAAUAUUGCUAUUGCCUGGAACGGGGAACGGCCCGUAAUGUGAGGCUUCAUAUUUUGAGUUCUGGACCAUAAAAUAUCGAAAGAUAAAUGAGCGUUCCGCUCGGCCAUAACCGUUGCGAUAGUAAUGGGUAUGCAUCGUUAUUUGAUUAAAUAUUUGUCCUAUCGAACAGCGUUCUCCCUAGCCUCCUCUUGCGUAUUGGUCGAUUAAUGCGCGCGGAGAUCAUAAAACACUACAAAAUAAAAAUAAAUCCCAACCGUUGAAAUACUGGGAAGCAUUAAUAUACGGACUGCGGUAUACUGUUAUCGAUAUCGAUGCGGAGCCCACUCGAUAUUUGCAUUCCCUUUUGUAGCCAUGGUUGGACGGAUAGGUACACUUUCGGUUCAGUCCACACGAAGUAAUUCAUCAUCCCGGUUCUAAAUACUCGGCACGCAUCCGUGCGUACCGCGCAUAUUUCAUAAGCCGAAUGGUCGAACAUAAAAAAUUAAUAAUUUAUGUAAUGCACUCGCUCGUCAACCAUAAUGCAGUGCCGAAUGGAUCAUUUUUCAAUCAGCUUUAUGAUGGAGCGUACCGAAGCCUUUGCAGGCCCAAUGCAUGGCAAAAUGUACGCAACAAUCGAUGGUAGUCGCGGGGUUUUGGUAAAGGAUGGACGCUGGACUCCUUUUUUGCGGAGGCAAUAUUCAUGGGCUAUCUAUUUUCAUUGGAUAUUAGCAUAUCUGUGGUUGGGAGCCAUUCAAUAUGAACGAGAUUGGUUCAGAGUUGUGCGAUUUAAUAGUUCCUCGAAAAAAUUCAAAUUUUAAUAAAAACAGUCGUACUAGGUAUUCUCCCUCCGCGCACUAAUUUGGGGUUCAGUAAAUAGGAUUGAACAAAGCUAAUUGAGCAACGGUGUUAUUAGUUUUCCGAAUGCGCUGAGAGCCAAUUAUUUAUAUUUUCUAUGAACUUCGCUAAUUAUUUAUCGUUAGAUAUUUAUCGAGUGCGUUCUCGGCUGAAAAUGCUGCCUUAAUAGGGGUUUCCAUCGAAAAGUGUUAUGGAACACAAUUUUUCCAGAAAAAAUUGUAUUUUAUGAAUCAUCA